GCCAUAGACAAAACAACGAAACAUGAUGCUAGCGUCUCGCACACGCGAAUAAAAUGUCUGGUUUGUAAUGAUCCCCAGUGAACACCCCAGAUAUUUCUCAUCUUAGUGUCAUGAUUGUGUCGGACUAUGAGUUUGGCAGCGUUUAAAUCGGGAUACAGGAUGAAAAACUGAUCACAACUGCAUCAGUGUCGCUACCGGUUUGCUAACGACAGUCGUCAGUACAGCAGUCAAACCCGUGUGAGAGGUUUGCUUUAGGCAGGUAUCUGGGUUCCCGGGAGAGGCCGGUGCUCACCGAAGAGACGGGGAACAGGAUCGGUAAGCAGGGGGGAGCGGCCACCGCAGAACCCGUUGAGAAGAUGGCGAGCAGCCCGGAGAAAAGCUCCUCGGCACAGGAUCUCAAGGAGCAGGGCAACCGUCUGUUCCUCAGCCGCAAAUAUCAGGAGGCCGCAACCUGCUACAGCAAAGCCAUUAAUCGGAAUCCCUCGGUGGCCGUGUAUUACACUAACAGAGCACUAUGUUAUGUGAAGCUACAGCAACACGACAAGGCAUUGGCCGAUUGUAAACAUGCCCUCGAGCUUGACAGCCAAUCAGUAAAGGCGCACUUUUUCCUGGGUCAAUGUCAGCUUGAGAUGGAGAAUUAUGAAGAGGCCAUUGGCAACCUACAGAGAGCCUACAACUUGGCGAAGGAACAGCGUCUGAAUUUUGGCGAUGAUAUCCCAAGUGCUCUUCGCAUUGCCAAGAAAAAACGCUGGAACAACAUAGAAGAGAAGCGAAUCAACCAAGAAAAUGACCUGCACGCUUAUCUCAGCAAACUCAUCCUCGCUGAGAAAGAGAGAGAGAUGGAGGACUCCAGAUUUAAACAAUCAGAGGACAGUCAGAACGGAAGCGAGAUUAGCAAGAUCAAAUCCAAACACGAUAAAUAUUUGAUGGACAUGGAUGAGCUCUUCUCUCAAGUAGACGAAAAGAGGAAGAAGCGAGAUAUCCCAGACUACUUGUGUGGAAAGAUCAGUUUUGAGCUCAUGAGAGAACCCUGCAUUACGCCCAGCGGCAUAACCUACGACCGCAAGGACAUAGAGGAGCAUCUACAGCGUGUCGGUCAUUUUGACCCGGUCACCCGCAGCCCACUGACACAAGAUCAGCUGAUUCCCAAUCUGGCCAUGAAGGAAGUGAUCGAUGCUUUCAUGCAGGAGAACGGCUGGGUGGAAGACUACUAAACACACACACACACACACACACGCACACACACACACACACACACACACACUCGAACAGACUGCAGCAGAGUUCUCCGAUACACAGAAUGAAUGAAUUCCUCCCCUGUAUGUUCAUGCACUUUAAUCUGUGGAGUUUUGCUUCAGAAUAUCGUCCCUAUAGAGGCCACCGGCCCCGGGUCACCUCGCUCUCCGUCUGUCGGUCUCUCUUUCAAACUCUUUCGGAUCAACGCUGGUCUCUCGGAUGCGAUCAAACUGGAGAUGAUAUGAAUUAUUUUACCCAUGCUCUCUCAUCUUGACUUAAAGGGAAACUUCACCCAAAAAUGCACAUUUUGUCAUCAUUUACUCACCCUCAUGUCGUACCAUUCGUGUUUCUGUUUGUCAUUUAAGGAAAGUUGAUGUUGAUUUAUUCUACCAAGCUCCAAAAAUAGCACAGUGACAUCAUACUAAUGGCCCAUAUGACUUGUACGCUAUAGUCAUACACCAGCUUUGUGUGAAGAACAGACCGAAAUUGAAGUCCUUAAUCGAUCUCGCCUUUCAACGUUGGUAUUGCAGAAUUUGCAGUCGUGUGAUAUCACAAACCAAAGGCUUUUGGCAUCAGUGAUGUCAGACCUGCUGUGAUGCGUUCUAAGGCGCCAUUGUUGAAUUGAAAACAAAUGAGAUUUGAGAGCAAUGGCGUAAAGGAAGAUUUUCAGUGAAUAACUAUUAAUAUAUCAGUCUGGUUUUCGCACAAAGCUAUCGUAUUGCUUCAGAAGACUUGAAAUAUAGUGUCCACGUCGUAUGAAGUACUUCUGUGAUCACUUUUAUGAUGUUUUUUUAGUGCCUCGUUUAAAUCCACACAAAUACGCAAGCAGUACGGAAAAGAGCAUCUUGGACAUUAUGCUAAGUAUCUCCUUUUGUAUUUAACAGAAGAAAGAAAAUAAUACAACAUGACGGUGAGUAAUUGACGAUAGAAUUGUCAUUUUUGGAUGGACUAUCCCUUUAAAAGACAUGUCCAAUUAUCCCUUUCCGUAGAUUUGUGUUCAGAUGUUUGACACUUUCAGUGUAAGACAUUGGCUAAUGUUGCUGUCACUGGGUUCAACAGUUAAGCGGUUGAAUAAUUCUACUGUUUAAAGCAAAAGACAAUGCUGUAAUUUCAUUAUUGAAUGUGGAAUUAUAAACAUCAUUAAUGAGACACUCAUUAAGAAGAGGAAACGUCAUCGUUGCACAAGUUGGUGUGUGUGUUUAUUUGUGUGUGUGUGUGUGUGUGAGAGUUUAUUCUAUAGGGGCUACUAGUCACUAUAGAUAUCUAUAUGCAGAAUGAAUGCGCUAUGCGAGUGUAAACAGGUAUAACAUGUAGAAUGUUUCUAAGAUACAUCUAAAGCUUGGGUUAUGGCAGGAUGAUGAUUAUAAAGUUUUGUAAUGAGCGUGUAAUCCCCUACAUGUAUCCUGACUUUCAUCUGCUGGCUGCCAAUCAAAACAAACUGAGAAUCUGAGACAUAAAGAUGACAUCAUCAUUGUUAUGGUGUAUAAUACGUUUAAUCUAACUUUGUAUCUGUGUUAAAGAGAGAGGUAAGUGAUCAGACUUUGGGGAAACUGAAUUAGUUUUCUGUCAGACAGUCACACGGGCACACGUACACUUGUCCUGUGUAGUAUCAGUAUUGUUUUGGUCAGACAACUCUUACUAGUAGCUGGAUAUUUUGGUUCCAGAUCUGUUCAUCUGGCUCAGUUCAGAAUAUUACUGAGAUGUAACUUAUUUAGGUUUGA